AUGCUCAAAUUCCCCUUCCUCCCUCUCAUUCACUUCAUCCAGGCUCCCUUCUACAUCCUACUCCUGAUGAUGUUCAACUUCCCCUUCCUCCCUCUCAUUCACUUCAUCCAGGCUCCCUUCUACAUCCUACUCCUGAUGAUGCUCAACUUCCCCUUCCUCCCUCUCAUUCACUUCAUCCAGGCUCCCUUCUACAUCCUACUCCUGAUGAUGCUCAACUUCCCCUUCCUCCCUCUCAUUCACUUCAUCCAGGCUCCCUUCUACAUCCUACUCCUGAUGAUGCUCAACUUCCCCUUCCCCCCUCUCAUUCACUUCAUCCAGGCUCCCUUCUACAUCCUACUCCUGAUGAUGCUCAACUUCCCCUUCCUCCCUCUCAUUCACUUCAUCCAGGCUCCCUUCUACAUCCUACUCCUGAUGAUGUUCCAUUCCCACUUCCUCCCUCUCAUUCACUUCAUCCAGGCUCCCUUCUACAUCCUACUCCUGAUGAUGUUCAACUUCCACUUCCUCCCUCUCAUUCACUUCAUCCAGGCUCCCUUCUACAUCCUACUCCUGAUGAUGCUCAACUUCCCCUUCCUCCCUCUCGUCCACUUCAUCCAGGCUCCCUUCUACAUCCUACUCCUGAUGAUGCUCAACUUCCCCUUCCUCCCUCUCAUUCACUUCAUCCAGGUUCCCUUCUACAUCCUACUCCUGAUGAUGCUCAACUUCCCCUUCCUCCCCCUCAUCCACUUCAUCCAGGUUCCCUUCUAA